AGUUCGAAUCACCAACGCGAGUACCUCACGAUGAGACCAGAACCCAAACGACAAAACGAACGGUGUUAUUUCCUGAAGGCCGCGCUGUUGCUAAGCGAAUAUGAGGGAUCGCGCCUGCGUGACUGUCCCCCCUCAGACGCGUGCGCGAGCCUCUCGUCCAUCGGGCGCCAUGUUAUUAUUUGCGCGCUAAAAUAUCCAUUGCUCUGUGGAGAGUCACAUCCAGCGGUUUGCUCGGCGAAUAAUAACGUGAAAAAUCCGGCAGGACGAGCAUUACGCAUAAAAUUCAUAAUAAAUUAAUAACCAAGAGUGAUUUGGCCCGUUUGUGUUGUGUUUGGCGGAGAGCAACAGGACAACGUGAAUAUUUUUGGCCUCGAACUGGAUUCUGGGAAUUGAUGACGCCGGCCUCGGACGUUUGCUCAGUAACACAGGCAGCGGAUUGUUGUUAGCACGGAAUUCGAGGGCUUUUCAUCAUAUUUGUGAGUAAUCGUUGCACUGAGUGAGAUCCUCAGGGAUGAUCGUCAUCAAGAGCUCAUUUUUAUAAACAAAAAAAUGGAAAACGGCGGUGGGAGAGGGUUUAUACAUGAAAAACCAACAAAACGAGUGCUGUUUGGCGAGUCUCGCAUGGAUUCUAACGACACACAAUGGAUUUUCUCGAGUUUGUCUGGUAUCUCAGACGAAUUAGCAGAUUGGAGAUGUGAGAAUCGAUUCCGAUAAUCGACUAGGCUGGUCUGAGAUUUUUAUUCAUCACCGAGGACAGCGAAUUCGUGCCUCAAUAUGUAGCGAAGCAUCAGAGGAUUUUUUGAUGCCUUUGAGGACUCGCCGGCAUAGUCUGAGAGUUCCCCCAAUUUCGCAAGGAUUUCCUGGAAUUUAUGAUGUCUCUCAGGCGCAAUAAGACGAUUGUUGACGUGAGGCUUGUUUCUGAGAACUGAUCGCUCCAGCCUGAGGUCAGCCGGCUCGACUUAUAACCAAAACAGCUGACGGUUGCUGGUGAAUGUCCACAGGAGUUUAAAGGAACUCUACUGUGCUUGUGGGGAAUGGUGAAACAGAUUCCCACAGUGAGUAUUACGAUUGAAUGACAAUUUUUAUUUGAAAAGUGCUAACAUAAAGGGGAAAAAUAUUGCAAAUCCAAAAUAAAAUGUGAGAGACUAUUUUUCGAGACUUGCGUGGGGACAGUGACAAAGGACAAUGAAUUUCGUGGGGUUUGUAAAGCACACUUUAUGAAUUGGGAUCUUUGAGAGUAUCGAUUGUGAUUUAUUAACGGGUUUUUCCGCGAAAAUAGAGACAGACAAUAGACAGUAGCCACCGGGGGCUUUUAUGUGUUUGUGAACAGUGUCCCAUUGGGUGCUGAAGUGUCGAUGAAGUGUUUUAGUCCAGGAUAUCCAAGUAUCAUAAUUCUAAAAUGAAUAAUUGGCUUUAAAAAGAACAACAAUGAAUAGAUCAAUGGAUAGUGCUCAUUAUAAAUGAUUUUAACUAGAAAAGUUGGAAUAAUAAAAUCAUUGUCGAAUGUCAAGAAUGUCGAAAACUUAGUACUUGGAUAUCCUUUAGUGUGUUAGUGUUGUGUUGUGUCAUUGGAGGAGCCUAAGCCAAGUGUCUCUAGGAGGUGUUAGCCCAUUGGAGAUUACUGGCAAACACAAUGGAGAGAUAAGAACCGAGCUGUUGUUUUUAUCCAACACCGACAAAUUCACAUAACAACUUGGGAAAACUUGUAAGAAUGGAGCGUUACGAGGAUGACGGUGCAGAGGACAGUGACAACGAGACAGAUCCUGAGCAACUUCUCAACGAGUGGUUGGGCGAACUCGACAGUCUAACAGUGGGCUUGGACAAUGUGAGCUCAGCAACCCUGCGGCCCUUCAACUCUGACAUAAACACACCCAGGAUCGACAGCUAUCGAUUCUCAAUGGCGAAUCUAGAGGAUUCGCAGGAUGUUGACCUGGAUGCCAUUCUCGGAGAAUUAUACGCCCUCGAGAGACGCUGCGACGGCGACAUUGCCUCCACACCGGCGCCAGACGCUCAGCGACCUGGAAGACCCAACAGCGGAAGAAUCAACGCUGGAGACAACACAGACAUUGGAAAAAAUGACGGUGGAAUGCGAACAGACAGUCCUGAUAAUGACAGUGCCUUUUCCGACACUGUAUCAAUGCUGUCAAGCGAAAGUUCAGCGAGUAGCAGCGGAUCAGGGCACAAGCCACCUCAGGCCGCCAUGCACACGGCCCCUCAGCAGCAGACACAUCAACUCAUGGAUGCUGCGGGCCGAGCUAAGGCUGAGAAAAUUCGUCUUGCUUUGGAGAAGAUGCGCGAGGCGAGCGUUCAAAAGUUGUUCAUUAAGGCAUUUACACUGGAUGGAAGUGGAAAGAGUUUGUUGGUUGACGAGGGCAUGAGUGUUACACACGUUUGCCGAUUGUUGGCUGAUAAAAAUCAUGUUGCCAUGGAUCCCAAGUGGGCAGUUGUGGAAAAUUUGCCAGAACUUUUUAUGGAAAGAGUAUACGAGGAUCACGAACUUCUAGUAGAAAAUCUCCUGUUGUGGACUAGAGACUCAAAGAACAAACUUCUAUUCGUCGAGCGCCCAGACAGAACCCAACUCUUUCUCUCCCCGGAGAAAUAUCUCCUUGGUCAAUCAGAUAGAAACACAGGAGAGUACGACGAUCAUUCUAGGAACAUAUUACUCGAGGAAUUCUUCUCCAGCAGUAACGUUGGAGUGCCCGAGGUUGAGGGUCCCCUAUACCUAAAAUCCGACGGCAAGAAGGGUUGGAAGAAGUACCACUUCAUUCUCCGUGCCUCGGGCCUGUACUACUGGCCCAAAGAGAAAGCCCGAACAGCUCGUGACCUUGUCUGCCUCGCAACAUUCGACGUUAACCAGGUGUACUACGGCGUUGGUUGGAAGAAAAAAUACAAAGCCCCCUCCGACUUCUGUUUCGCGAUAAAGCAUCCCCGUCUCCAGCAGCCAAAAUCCACAAAGUACAUAAAAUUUCUCUGCGCCGAGGAUACAGCAUCCCUGGAGCGCUGGAUGGUGGGAAUUCGAGUGGCGAAAUAUGGCCGUCAAAUAAUGGAGAACUAUCGCACCCUCGUCGACGAACUAGCCCAGGAGGACCUUGACCUUCUCGCCCACGCGCGUUCCUGUUCCGUGAGUUCUAUCGCAGUUACCCCGAGUCAGACCCAAUACAACACAACCACCGAGAAUGCCCGACAAUUCACAGAGAUGCGUCAUACAUCAACGGAAAAUGGCAGCAGACAGUACGACAGUCAGAGACAGAGUUACAGUUCCGAUCAGCGUCAGAGCUACACCGAUGGCCGUUUGAGUCGAGCGAGUUCCUCGAGCUCCAGUGGAUGUCUCUCAGAUGGUGCUCCAAGUAGCUGUGAGGUUGCCUUCGAGUGCGGGGAAUUUCCAACGGGGACAAUAAAACGAAAGCCCUCGAUGAAUCCAAAGCUCCCUCUGACAUCGAUAACACGACAACUGAAAGAAGUCGGAGAGACUGUUCGCGAUGAACCGGACAGUUGUCCAAGUCCAACAUCCUCAGGAUCAGGUACUCUCACAAGAAGGCACAGCCGAAGAAGAAGUGGAACAGACUCGGAUGGUUCAGGAACUUUGAAACGUCAUCACAGAUCAGGUAAUGGUACUCCAGUGAGUCCAGUGCCCCCUGGAACACCAGUAAGAGAGAGAAUUAGCCCGAUGGGCUACAACAGAAGUGAAACAGACCCAAAAACCCCAACCACACCAACUCCCUCGAUGAUGGACUCCAUAACUUCACUUCCACCGCCCCUGUCUCCAUCACGAGUACUUGAGGAGGUGGAGUCAGAUGGUGAACCCCUGCCUCCACCGCCCCCGGAGAUGUUCAGGUCGAAUUUAUCCCUUGAUUCUCUUCCACCUCCUCCCGCCCCUGGUGAAAUUCCGUUGUGUGAAAAUUUGGAUUUAACUGGGUCAUCUCUAUCACUGGUCUCCCUGCCACCACCCCCCAGUCCCCUGAUCGGUGAGACAGGCACAAUAAAACGUGCCAGGCCCAAACCGUCAACUCCAACAAGUUCAAUGUCCCCCGAAGGCACACCAACGCGUAAUAACUUAGUGUGCAACACUCAGAAUGGCACUUCCGUGAACAAUGGCUACACAUCCCCUCACAAUCCUUACCCCGAUUCAGCAGCAACUACCCCAACAUUCACUCCAAGCACACCAAACUUCGUCUCUCCACCCCCAUUCAUUCCACCCCCAGCUUAUGGCUCCCAGGCGCACAGUCUCCAGAGGCAGAAUUCCAAGAGUGAGCAGAACUACGGAACCUAUCCAGCUGGCCAGCAUCAGGCAAUCAGGCCCAAUCCGAAUAUGGAUACAGUGAGGAGAAGUGCAUUGAAGCAAAACUCAAGUCACUAUGCCUCACCACCAUACCUGGCUGAGCUAAAGGCGUCGUCGAGUCCUCAGCCCCAGAGGCGAGUGACGAUUCAGGAGCCGACGUCACCGAAGUCCAAGACAGGAACUGGGAAGAAGAUAACGUUCAAUCUUCCACCUCAACAGGAACCGGGGAGUCCAGCGCUACCACUCAGGAAACCAAUGCCGGUGCCACCGAUGAGGGCGGAUAGUACCAGACUGACAUCACCGAAAAAACUCGCUGCAUCUGAUCAAGCACCACCUGGAGAUUUCCUGAAGGAUUUACAGAGAGUCAUGAGGAAGAAGUGGCAGGUGGCCCAGAAGUGCAAGCUCGACUCCACGACGACGCCGCACGAGGUGCUUGGAUUCAGGGAUCCACCGCCAGCUAUUGCUGACUACAGGGAGACCAAUGUGUCAAACUGGGUGCAGGAGCAUUAUGGAGCUGACAAUUUGUAUGAGAAUGUUUACACGAGUGAUCCUAAUGCACCGGUUGAAUAUGCAUCGAGUCCGUCGAGACAGCCGUCUGUGAGAUUUGCGGAUGAAAAUCGAAGUAUGAAUAUUGCUAAUGUUAUUGCUAGUAAGAGGAGACCACCACCCCCACCACCAAAGAGAGCGGAAACGACUCAUUUGACAACGAGAGCGAUGCACUGACAAUAGCAGAUAAUUCAGCCUCGUGGGGAGAGGCGAUGGUACGAGUGCUUAUGUGGAUGGUGGAAACAGUGACCAGGGGGGAUGGGGGUUUGGCUUGGGAUGGGGUUCUUCGGGGGUCCUGGAGGAGUCUUGAGACUCGCGGAGGCUCUUGAAGGGCUCAUGAGACUGUUGAAGGCUUCUGAGUGGGUCUGGAGGUGCUGGAAGGCUCCUGGAGACGUCUUGGAGGCCCUUGGAGAAGUCUUGGGACACUGAGGGAAGUCCAAAUUAGACGAGCAGGUUCUUGAGGGAUUUUGGUCUUGCGACGCACAGGAUAAACACUGCCCACGUGAAGAUGUGAUAUUUCAACGAGAGCUUGGGUCGUCCUCGGGGAGGAAUUAUAUAGCCAAUUCGGCCCUUUGCACCCCCGUGGCCGGGGGAAUGCACAGGGGAAGGAAAGAGGUGAACCUUUCGUUGCAUUUCUGGAGAGAUAGAGAAGUAAUUAUCAAUUCGUUUUAAAAAUAAUUUUUUUUAAUUAAAUGCGCUCUCCAAAUAUUUCACUAGGGAGUGCUCACAAGAUUGAAAUUUGUUUUUAUGAAUUUGAAAAGAGGAACUCAACAGAAAUAGAGUGGGACGUUCAUUACUUCGCCGGAAAAUUCCCCUGCGUAUUAACAAAUGUACCCUCGUAUAUUUAGACGAAUAAAAUCUGAUAUAAUCGAAUUUAUAACGCGAAAAGAAAAUCGUAUAAUUACGAUAAAAGUAUCGGGCCUGCUACUUUUCCAUAUUUUUAAUGCAUUACAAAAUUCAUAGAUUCUGUUCUAUCAUCUAUUCGUAAUCAAGGUGCUUUAUAUACGAAACAUUUACACUGUGAACAAUUUGAAUCGUAAAAUCAAUUUUUGAAGUAUAUAAAAUUUACAUGUAUAUGUAUAUUGAAUUUCAACGACCAUAUACAUAUAUAUGGACAUUUAUUAACAUGAAUAGUACAUGUAUAGGUAUAACGAUGAAAAAAAAAGAGCGAGUAAAUCAUUGCUCGAUAAAUAAAUGCGAUUAUUAUAAAUAAUAGGUGGAACCUCAAUGUGUGAUCUAAUAGAAUUUUUUCGUUUCAUUUUUUUCAUUUCCUUGUACUUGAAGUUUUGGAUACAUUUUUUCGUAACUGAGAUCUCGUUAAUGCCAUUUUUUGAUAAUCAUAUACACUAAUGCAGUGUAAAGAGUAGGCGCGUGAGGCCAAUAAGAGUGAAGUUUAUUUGGAAAUUCCCAUUGUCUAGGGAAUUAAAAAAUAUAUACCUUUAUCAUACAAUCGACAUUAUUGUUGUUAAGGUACCAGUGUAAAAUGACUUGACGAUUGAAUUUACGUUUCAUACCUGAGUAUAUUUUUGGCCAAUAAUAUACAUUCGAUUCUUGAAAAUGAGAAAAUAGGCGCAUUUUUCCUUUGACAAGUAGUUGUUUUUAGAUCGUAUUUUAUCGAUGAUAAAUAGGAAAUAAACUACAAAAAUGGAAUCUCCACGUGUGAAACGAGCUACAAGUCAAAUCGUGCAUAUGAAAUCAUAUCUCAGAAACCAGAAAGAAAGAAAAAAUAUUGGAAAUUAGAUUAACCUACGAUAAUCAAAGAACCAAUGAAUUUUUGAGCCUUAUUGUGAAGAAUUAAUACGCAAGUUCGAAACUGAAAAAUUUUUGUAGCCUAAAUGGAGAUAUUAUAAUGAGAUUUUGUAUUACAAUUUGAUGAUGUACUCAAACGUCAAUGAAAAUAUCAGUAGUGAAGUGGUAAGCCAUAAUAAGUCAAAAGUUUUUAAUGAAUAUCUCGAAAUCUAGGACAGAUGGAAAAAUCUUUAUAGAAACCUUUUUUGUGAAGUAAAUUGAAUACUACAAAAAAUAUAAUAAUAAAAAAUCCCCCAUCUUUCUUAGAUUCCGAGAUAUUCCCCAAAAAACUGGACCUAUCUCGUUUUACUUCUCGACUGCUGAUACGUUGAUUUGUGAACAAUUGCGCCUAUCAAUUUGGGGGGGCUGGGCUUUGAAAUCGAGGCUAUUCAAUUGAAUAAUACUCUCGCCAUUAAUUCCUAAUACUGAUGAGAAAGCCACGGUUGGACUUAAUAUUUAAUUAUUUCUUCAGUACAAUCGAUAACGUCUCUAUUGAUAACGCAGUAAACUUACUGAUAAUGAAAUUUAAAAAAAAUAACGCAAUUUGUUUUUUCUCAGUUUCCAACGAAGCUGCGAGUAGUAAAAAAAUAUUUCGAUUAAACUGAUUAGAAUGAAAUUCGAAUCGACAUUAAUGAAAUUAUUAGUCAAAAUUUGAUUGGAAAUUUCAUUUCCAUUAUUUGGAAAAAAUAAAAUUAGUGCAAUUGGCGGUCGCAGUUUUAAUCGGAUUGUAACUGAAUAGGAGAAACAUAUUUUUAUUAAUUAAUAUUGUACCUUUAAAGCAAUAAUCCUUUAAGUUGUAUGUAUGUUUAUGUAAAUAUUGUAACGAAUGGUACUACAAAGAAAAUUAAUAUGAAGAUAUUCGAGCGAUUAAUAUAAACACUAUUUAUGGAUAUUGAAGCGAUAUGAACGAGCAAUAAUCGAUAAAUUUAAUUGGGGGAUAUGAUCAGUCAACGUUUGAAAAAUUUAAUAUGCCAACCGUGAAUUGAAUCGACUCUUUCGAGUGAAUAUAAUUGAUAUAUCUCCUUGUGCGCUUUUAUUUUUAAUUCCUGUGCUGAGGAUACGGCUUCGACCUAUCGAUCGAUUUUCAUCCGAUUGCAUUGGUUCAUCCAAUUGCUAGUAGGAUUUAAAAUCGUGACAAUAUUCCUUAUAAUUCUAUUUUUAAUUCUCAUUGGUUCAGUUCGUAUCUGUGGGCCAACGUUGUUCGAGUACAUCUCAUGAUAACAUGCGCAGCAAUUGAAAUAGGUAUUAUAUUCAUGUUUUUAUGUAAAUAAAUUUUUUGGUAUAUUUCA